UAGCGAUAGAUAGGGAGGAGCUGUUAACACCUACAACAGCGUGUAUAAACAUGGAUGCUGUCCGUGUUCGUUUUGCUCCAAGUCCAACUGGGAACUUGCAUUUAGGAGGACUCAGAACUGCUCUCUAUAACUAUCUGUUUGCUGCCUCUAAUGGCGGGCUUGGAGGCAAUAAUAAGAAGGGGAGAUUAAUCAUGAGAAUUGAAGACACAGAUCAAGAAAGGACGGUACCAGGGGCUGUUGAUAGAAUGAUGAAGACGUUUAAUUGGUUAGGAAUUGCUUUUGACGAGGGGCCAGAUGUGGGUGGAGAAUUUGGACCAUAUACUCAAUCACAAAGACUGCAACAUUAUCGACAAUAUGCUCAGGAGUUAAUCAAUAGAGAUGCUUCCUAUUACUGUUUCUGUAGCAAGGAGAGACUGGAGCUACUGAGGAAGACUAAUGGAGGGUAUGACGGGUUGUGUAGGACUUUAUCUCAACGUUUCAAAUGA